GGCUAGAGAUGGCUGAAGCUUACACAGAAGUUAAAGUGCGGGGAUAUGAGGAGUUCUGCGAGACGGUUAAGAAGUACAAAGGGAAGCAAGUGUUUGCUUAUUUCUCCGGGAAUAAGAACGAUGAGGGGGUGAGCUGGUGCCCGGACUGUGUGAAAGCUGAACCAGUGGUCCGUGGGGAACUCAAGAGCCUUCCAGAAGGAUCGGUUUUUAUAUACUGCCAAGUUGGAGAGAGACCUUACUGGAAGGACCCAAAUAAUGAAUUUAAGAAAAAGCUGAACCUGACUGGAGUCCCAACUCUUCUCAAGUGUGGAACACCAAAGAAGCUGGUGGAAGAGGAAUGCCUGAAAGCUGAUCUAGUGGAGAUGAUGUUUACAGAGGAUUGACAUUCCCUGUCAGAAGAGCAGCUAUUUCAGUGCUAAUAAACAAAGAUUUGACCAACUAGAGGACCUGAUGAUGGAAUUUAAAAGUCAUAGUUCAGUGAAUUUGCCAGAGCAGACAUUUUUUCUUUGAUUAUUUUAUGACAAUCAAUCAUUUUGUCAAGCCUUUCAAAAAACUCGAUUAUUCUGAAAUUCCCCUUGGUAAAUCAACUUGUCUCUGUAAAAAAAAAAAAAAAGACAUCAAUGCAUAGAUAAGUGCAUCAAUAAGAAGCAUGUAAUAGGGCUCUAUGAAUAAAUAAAAUAAA